CAGCUGGCUGUCAAACGUAUCGAACGCCCUCGGUUCGCUCGCUGCGAUUCACCAGUCGACCGUGCAUUAAAAUUACUGAGUAUUGUUGUGAUUGCGUCGGCAUCGGCUUCGUGUAUGAACUGUGCUUCAAAAAUGAAUACAGUGUCGUGUUUAGUGGUUAAAUAACAAUGCCAAUUGUAAUGUACACUAGUGUUGUGCUGUGAAACCGUUGUUUGGUGCUGUUUAAGAUGACCGAGAAAAAUAAAUCGGAAAAGAUGACUAAUGCAUCGAAACCUGUUCCCAUGAAACUUUUUGCGGCCUGGGAAGUGGACAGGACGCCUUCCAACUGCAUUCCCAGGCUAUGCACACUACGGAUAACCCGGCUCCGAGUAUGCGGGGCGCUCGGCGAGACCGGCGGGGGCGCGGCCAGCGGCGCGGGCGCUGGUGCAGUGAUCCUGGCCGCUCGCAUGCACAGCUCCAAGCGGACGCUUCGCUCCAACGACAUUGCAGUCCCACCGCUUGAUGUCGAGCUCGACCUGUGCUUCUCGUUGCAGUACCCGCAUUUUGUUAAGAGGGAUGGUAACAGAUUGCAGAUAAUGCUGCAGCGCCGCAAGAAAUACAAGAACCGCACGAUACUGGGGUACAAGACAUUGGCCGAAGGUGUUAUAAGGAUGGACCAGGUGCUGCAACGCUCAAUGGACAUGGAGCUGGAACUGACGGGAGUCGGAGGCAAGGUCGGCGCUGCUGCAGGCCAGCCUGUCGCCAAGCUCACCAUCACCGGGCUAGCCUCCACCCCAGUAGACCAUGACACGAAGAACAACAAUACCUUGCUUAUUACUGAACGCGGCUACUCGGAUGAAGAAGAAGAAGGCGAGUUCAGCUCAGUCGAGGAAGCAGAUGAGAUGACGUACGGUGCUCCCGCCAGGCGGCGCGCGCAUCGACAACUCGCCUUUAACAAAACUGACCUAUCUUAUACCAAGUUGUCCCGUUCUCGCGACUUGAGCUUCAUGGAGCGCGAGCGAAAGAGACAGAGCUAUAUACACUCUAAGGCGAACGACAGGGACAGCGACAGUGAGCUAGAGAACGCGGCCGCGAAACGCAAAGGCAGCCGUGGCAAGCUCGCGCAACGCAACUUGAAGCAGAAGUUCGCGGCGUUGUUGCGGCGGUUCCGCGUGCCUGAAGAGCUGUCGGAGCGAGGCGCCGCGAGGGACACGCAUCACGCUCAGCAUGACAUCGAUGAACUGUUCCAGGAACUAGAAUCAUUAUCAUGCGGCGAGGGCGAGGACUCAGGUCCGGAUCAGAUGGACACCAUCAGCAUCGGGUCCACCCCCAAACCCUCGCUGCGACCUUUCUUCAGUAGCUCCCGAAGCCUUGCCAACCAGGAGCACCACAGGCAUUCCAACGGCGAUGCAUGCGCAGUGGUGCGGCACGCGAGCGUCGCGUCUGGUGCUGAGCUGAGCGCGCUGAGGGAGCGUCACGUCGGCACGAUUACGCUCACAGAAUCCGAAGCGGUCCGAAGUUCUGCGGGCGACGAGCGAGCGAGCGACGGCAAUAGCGAUGGCGACGCAACCAUUGACGCGCCGGUGUCGGGCGCCUCCGUGUCCAGCUCGCCCCCUAACGAGAUUAAGGUCAGGGAGGACAAGCGAUCCAGGCUAUUCCGCAGCGCCACCAGCGGCGGGAACUUAAUCCCGGGCGGUGGCGUGACGCGUAAGAAGAACUCUCUCGUGGUGGGAGCCGAAAGACCUCUGUCGGCACACGAGUUGCCUGCGCAGAGUCCUACUACGCUGGAGCCCCGUCGCACGUGGGCGGAACAAGUCUCCCGCCUGGUCGGCACGGAAGGAGCGGAGUGUAUCGCGGUGUGCGGCGCGGGGUCGGGGGCCGCGGGCACAGCUCUGCAUGCGCUGGCCGUGCCCGCUCUGCACGCGCCGCACGCCGCGCCCGACCCGCGCCCGCUGCUGCACGCGCUAUACUCCCGGGCUAAGCAGACGUCUCGUCGCUCGUGCAUCCGCGUGGCGAUGUGCGGCGGCGACGCGUGCGCGAGCGCGGCGGUGCGCGCGCACGCCGAGCUGGCCGCGCGCCGCCCGCACGACGCGCCCAGCGUGCGCUUCUAUAUCAUACCCAUCGGUCCAAGCGUGAUAGCGCGCCACCUAUCGGCGUCGGACGGCGGUUACGCGUCGCUGUUCACAAGCGAAUCGUGGCCGAAUAUUUGCGAGCGAGCGGCCGACGGGUCUGCCCCCGAUGUCGCUGAGAUGUCCUCACGUAUUGGCAGGUAUCUGAACAGCACGGGUCCUGUGAACAACGUGCCGAUCGGCGAGGCGAUGGUCGCCUACAGAGAGAAGUCGGGCGAUGAGGACGCCAGCCAGACAUUCGUGCCCUUUAUUGCGGAGGUCCGCGUCGGCUGCAGCGAGGGCGGCGUCUCCUCCCUAGAACUCGAAGAGGGCGGGUCUCCCCCCGCCCGCGCGUCGCCCCCCGCCACGCCCGCGCCGCACCUCACGGCGCCGCACCUCGCCGCGCAUGCGCCCGACCUCGCGCCGCCAUUGCCCAUGCCUCUAUUAGCCAGGACCGAACCGCUUGAGUUGCAGUUGGAUUAUUGGCUGGUGCCAGGUCGUCAGCCGGACGGCACGGACAGCAAGGUGACGGUGAAGGCGUCGUUCCGCGCGUUGCACGUGACGCGGCAGAACGCGCAUCUUUGCAUCACUUACCUUACUAAGGAGAAGAAGCAGAAGAUAAUGCGGCUGGGCAAGAAGAAGGAAAAGACUUCGGAAGCGGAGGUGGGCCGCGCGCAGACCGUGGACGGCGUCGCCCGACUCAUCUGCUCCGCCAAGAGCUCGCACAACGUGCCGCUCAAAGUGUACAUUGACGGCACGGAACUGAACGGCGUGAAGUUCUUCCAGCUGUCGACACAAUGGCAGACACACGUGAAGACUUUCCCAGUAGCCACAUGCGGCGCCCCCCUCGCCCCCGCUGAGUCCUAGACUGUGAGCCACUGCUGCCAUCUAGCGUACAACACGCCUAGCUUAUGUACCUUGAGUUACAACCCCCCACCCCCUCCCUUAAUAAACUUAAAUAACCCCCCAAGCCUCUCCGCCAUAUUAAAAAUUAACCAAGCUUAACUAUGGCCCAAUUCAAGUUACAUAAUAAAGGCGUUCAUCGUCAUAGUCAUUCAUUAAUUAGUUAUCGUAUUUAAUAUAAUAUAUUACGUAGUCGUUAUCCGUGUACUCAGUAUAUAUCGAGAAAUAAUGGUUCGUGACAUUUCCAAUAUGUGUACGUUAUUUAGGUUAGUGCGGUGUAGCCGAAGUGUGGCUUUGCCCGAGUGAAUGUCUGAUGAUAAACUUUCAACGAAUAUAUGCUUAAAUUUUAGUCAACUUUUCGCCGAAUUCCGGUGUUGUAUGUCGGUUUGUGGUUUGACCGAACAGUCGGCGAACAUUUCUAAGAGAAGCUCUUUUCGGCUGAAAUGUAAUCGAGUAUGAGUAGUAUAGUUACGUUAUUGGAACGAUUAUCGUCGGCACAUAUCAGCAUAGGUUCGAUUCGAGUGUUGUGCGCGAUUUUAUUUUUGAUCUGUGAUUCGUGAAUGCAGUUUUUUUUUAAAUAUCUUAAGGCAAUGGAAGCGCGUUGUUACAGUCAUAUUUUUGUGUAAUUUUUAUAUAAGUGCAGCUAACAGUGCGGUGUUUACAUUUAUAAUUUUGUACGUCAUAGAUGUUUUGAAUGAAAUGUAGAUUUUUACAUAACGAUAAACGUUUUUAAUUUUAAAAGAUAUUAUAGAGAUUACAACUAAUAUCUUCCUAAUGGAUGUCCUUGCGUACUUUAAUGAAGUCUUCGAUUCCCUUACAUUGUGAUCAAGCCAAAAUUUUUGAUAUUUUAGUCCCCGAAUGCUUAAAAUGAAAUUCGAAAUUAAUUCCGAGCCAAUUUGGAAAAUGAUUUUCUAUUUGGGCUAGUUUAAUUUUGUAGCGUUAAUCAGUAGAGGGCGUUAGUUACACCCAUCAGGCCAACGACUGUCUCAUGAUAUCAUAGAGUUAGUAAUAUAUUCUCAAACUUUACAUAUACUAUGUGUAUAACUUAGGUUUAGCUAUGUGUGUAAUUCAGAUAAUAUGUGGCUGUGUGUACGUAUGUGAAGAGGACGCAAAAACGUUUUGACGAAGUCUUACGUGGGAAUUAGGACUCUAUGUCUGCAUGUUACAGUCUGAAUUCCAUGGUGAGAUUUCGUCAAAUCUUUUUGGACGGGGGUGAUCGAUAUGGCUUCUCGUCUCGAUAUUCAUAUUUAUCGAUGUUAGUUACGUUUUUAGAGAUGUCUAAAGUAAAAUAUCGACUUUUAAAUCAGUCGUUAAGCUAUUAUUACAGCUGUUUGAAUAUCGAGUCAGAAGCCAUCGUGGUAACUGAGUAUUUCCGAAUAUUUUGGUCUUAGAUUACAUAAUUUAUCCUUUUAAUGUUUACAUAUCGAAGUCUUGCUAGGUACUUGUAUUCUAUAAUAGUAAUAAUUAAAUGUAGUCGUUAAAUCUAUUUAAUAAAGUAUUGCUUGCUAAUGAAGUUGUAAUGUGUACAAGCCAAAUGUUUGAUUGUGAACUUAAAUUGGGGAACUGAAAAUCGGAUUCCCUAAUCAAAUCCCAAAUAAAAUUAUUGUUCAUUAAAUCCUUUCUCCUUGGGCUUAUCUAUUGGGUAAAACAUAGUCGAGCAUUUUCCACAGUGCGCUUUUUAAAGUUAAGUAAAAGCAAAUUGCCAAAAUAAUUUAUAAUCUGUAGGCUAUAAUUCUUAUCUCGUGUUCUUACGAGCUUGUGGUCAAAAAUCUGACCGAGGAGGUCGUUAUAGAGGCUUUUUAUCGUACCCUUAAAAUCUAUCGAUCUAAGGUCAAAUUAUUUGGAAGCUUACGUUACACAGGUUGGAAAGCUUAGGGAUGUACCCCACAAAAUGUGACAAUAGUAUGCGUAUUAUUAUUGUAUGUACGCUUUUUCAGAGUAAUAACACUUUUUUAAAUAUACGCUCCUAGUGUAAGUCGUGUUAUUAUAGAAUUAGGCCUGUUAACCAUUUUAAAUCUAACUGUAUCUUAUAUUCGAUUUAAUAUUAUCUUGUUCCGGUGUGGUACAGGUUUUUACAGUCUUUAAUUGAAAGAGAUACACUAUCGAUAUUUUUUAUCGAUAUUGUGACAUGACACAAGAAUAAGGUAAUUCUUGGGAGGCAAGACGUGAUAUUGGCAUGCUCUGCUUACAAAUAAAAAUAAGCCGUAAUUGUAGAAACUACUUUAAUAUUCUAGUGACUUCUUGCUUCGUCAGACCGCCAUUUUUAUAAAAGCUCAAGCCUAAUUCUGUCUUUAGAACUUUCAAUAAAGCGACUUUACCUUAAUUGAUUUCUCUAUUUAAAGAUAGUUUAGAAGAAAAUUACAAGUAUGUGCAUCUUAUAAGCAAGUCCACGUAGUAGAAAGGUAGUAACGUCUUAAAACUGUGGAAGUGUCAUUUUGGCACUGUUUCGUAAAAACUUUGGACCACAUCAGAAUUAGAUAGCAGUUGUAAAAUAGCGUCAAUAACAGUUUACUCUUAAUUGUACUCAGCGAUGUUAUUUUGUUCUAUUUGUCAAAAUGUUUUGUAUAAAACACCUUAUAUUAUUUUAUUAAAAUCUACCAAAUUAAAAAUGAAAAAUGUAUCUUCAUAUGAUGUACGUACUUAUAAAUAAAAACUGUAGGUAUUGUAAAACAUGUUCAACCCUCUAAAUGUCAUUGGAUAAUUUGUUAACAUUAUGUAUCCUUAUAAAAUGAUUUGCUUUUCACACAAGUAAGAAAAUAAAUGAAGUUGGUACGUUACAGGUGUUGCUUUCAGAAAUGUUUUAAUUUAUGCUGUUCUCAUUGUUUAAGAAAUCGUUUUGACAAAUAGACAAACAAAAUAUACCUGUGUAUCCAUAUCAAAUCGCUUGUAUGUUGUAAUAUCUAAAUAAAUUACAGAUUACACUUAUCGACAUUAAUAUUGGAUCGAAAGUCGACCCUUAUUUUUAAUAUUCCAUCAGAUAAGCGGUAAUCAUCUUAUAUGCAGUAGACAAUUUCAUAUUUAUCCGUAAUAAAUACGGUUAUAAUAAUAUUAGGAACUGUAUACUUUUUUCUGUUUAACUGUGUAAUAUUGUUUUACAAGGAGACCGUUAUGGCUAAUAAAAUUAUUGUUUGAUCCUAAAAAUAGAGCUACUGACCGUCUUAUUUUAUGAAUUAUGAACGAAUAUAAAAUUCUUUUAUUUUCGCAGUAAUUAACAUGAUGAAAUGUUCUGUAUAUUAAUUUAUUAAUGUAUGCACUUAUCAUGAAUUAUGUAUCUUAUAUUGGUAAACUAAUUACGUACAAUUUCAUCAAUGUUAAUUCUGUAUUAUUACUAUGACAUUCAAAUUAAUUUCUUAUGUCGGCCAAACGCACCACAGUGCAGGAAUUAUAUACAUUUUUGGUGUAAAACCUCUUUUUUGAUGGUGCACUAUGAAAUGUAGGGUGUAUGUCUGUAUAUAGAUCAUGGUUUAUUUUGAAUACAAAGAGGAAUAAGAAAAAGAUCAUUAAGCGAGUUUAACAAUGCACUCAAUAAUAUAUUCUAAGUUUGUAUUCUAACGAAACCAUGAACUGAUGGCAAUGCUUACUGAUGAAUAAUCUCAAGAAAGCUCAAAUAUUCCUACUUACAGCUUUUCACUUCUAUUUAAAGCUAUGAAUUUAACGACAUUUGAAGCUUUCUUUUGCGCUAGCGGUACAAAGGUAAACAACCAUGCAGGUCGCAAUAAGUCUCCCUAGCUUUUUUCGUUAAAGGCCUAGCCAAACGAAUCCAUAUAAUGACAUUAACUUUUAAAUAUUAAGUAUUAAUCAUUAUUAUAUUUUAAUUCAUUAUAUUUUAUUUUUAUAAAACGUGCAACUCUGAUUGCUAUUAUGUAUAAGUCAUGUGAGAGUAUUAAAUAUGGAUGAGAUUUUUAAAAUCCUUUUCUAGAAAGUCAACCUUAUCUGUAUGAAAAUAACAAUGAAAUAGGAUUGUAAAGCAUAACAGAGUUAGCACGUUUACGAUUUUUAAUGAUUAUAAAGUAUAUCACGAGGGCGGGUAUCGGGCGACGACAUGUAACCAUGAAACGCCUAAUAUUAGUUUGAACAACUGUCAGCUAUUUGUCCCCGCCCUUCAAACUAUUAUUUUGAUCUCAUUACUGCUGACUGAAUGAUUCACUUGGCACACUUCUUUAUUACAAUGGAAUUAAAAUUUUAUUUAUAUUUUCCAAAUGAGCUUAAAAGCCACCAAUCGUCAUCGACGUAUAUAAUGUAUUAUUUGUAAAUUAAUCAUCACAAAUUAUUGUCCAUUCGCAAUGGCCAAACAAACUUAUAAUUAGUGCUAUGGAAAGUUCAUUUAAGUUGAAUAAAUUAGUACAAAAAUAUCUUACAUUUUAUGUUUCAUUAACAAUAAUUAACUAUUUAAUUAAAUUCAAUGCAUUCUUCGCGAAAAUGCAAAAUAGACUGUGCAAUAAUGUGAAUGUCUCUUGAGAAUUUAAUUUUGAUUUAUUUUGACUUGUAAGUCAAUAAAAAUAUGAUUUCAUUACGAUAUGUUUAAGUAAUGUGAUGAGAUUUAUUAUUUUAUCAUAAUUUGCAAGUAUAAUUUGUAUUUAUUGUACAAAUAAACAUUUUGCAUUAAAAACAAA